AUGAGCAGGACCGAGGCCGACCUCGCGGUGAACAUCCGCAAAGCCACUAGUAUCGAGGAAACCGCACCGAAACGGAAACAUGUGCGCAGUGCUAUCGUGUAUACUUGGGACCACAAGUCGUCUACCGCCUUUUGGGCUGGUAUGAAAGUACAACCCAUCCUGGCAGACGAGGUGCAGACCUUCAAAGCGCUCAUCACGAUACACAAAGUCCUGCAAGAGGGCCAUCCCGUCGCACUCCGCGAAGCGCAUAACCAUGUCAAUUGGAUCGAUAGUUUGACGAGAGGGGUUGGCUCGGAUGGGAUGCGAGGAUAUGGACCGUUGAUUCAUGACUAUGUGAUGUUUCUGGACUCGAAGCUGCAUUUUCACCGGAAUCAUCCAGAGUUUAACGGUCUGUUCGAGUAUGAGGAGUAUAUCAGCUUGAAGUCUAUCAAUGAUCCGAAUGAAGGCUACGAAACAAUCUCCGAUCUCAUGAACCUCCAGGACCAGAUCGACACCUUUCAGAAACUGAUCUUUUCGCACUUUCAGCACGGAACGAACAACGAGUGCCGGAUAUCCGCGUUGGUUCCUUUGGUUCAAGAGAGUUAUGGAAUCUACAAGUUCAUCACCAGCAUGCUACGGGCGAUGCACACGACAACCGGUGACGACGAGGCUCUCGAGCCACUUCGCAGCCGCUACAAUGCGCAGCAUUACCGCCUUGUUCGCUUCUACUACGAGUGCUCGAACCUACGCUAUCUCACCAGUUUAAUCACCAUCCCAAAGCUGCCGCAAGACCCCCCGAGUCUGCUGUCCGAAGACGACGAGCGUCCAGCUCUGCCCAGGCGACCGGCAAAGGAGGAGGCGGUCGAGCGAGAACCUACACCACUGGCUAAACCCGCGGAGCCAGAGCCCAUGAAUGAGUUCUGGAACAAUGAACAGCGACGCCAGCAGGAGGAAUUCGAGAACGAGCAGCGACGGCUACAGCAGCAAUGGGAAGAGCAACAGCGCCAGCAAAUGCUUGCCCAACAACAGGCGCAGCACGACUUUGAGGAACAGCAGCGACUACAGUCCGAGCAGCAACGGCUCGCGCAAGAGGCGCUUCUCCGCGAUCAAUACGCACAGCACACGCAAGGACGCAUGGCCGAGUUGGAGCAGGAGAACCUCAACGCGCGCGCGCAGUACGAGCGCGACCAGCUUCUGUUGCAGCAGUACGACAAGCGCAUGAAGGAUCUCGAGGAGCAGCUGAACAACCUGAACAGCAACUUCAACUUGCAGGUCGGCUCGAAGGAUGACCAGAUCAAGGCUCUGCAGGAACAAGUCAACAUAUGGCGUACCAAAUACGAGGCUCUGGCCAAGCUGUACUCGCAGCUGCGACAGGAGCAUUUGGACUUGUUGCAGACCACCAAAGCCCUAAAGCUGAAAGCUGCUUCAGCCCAGGAAGCGAUUGACAAGCGCGAGAAGCUCGACAGGGAGAUGAAGACCAAGAACCUCGAGCUUGCCGACAUGAUCCGAGAACGUGACCGCGCGCUGCACGACCGCGACCGCUUGACUGGAACCAACAAGGAUGACCUGGAAAAAGUCAAGCGUGAGCUGCGUCUUGCCAUUGAGCGUGCAGAGAACGCCGAGAGACAAAAGGGUAGCGAGAUUUCCUCCAUGUUGUCCAAGUACAACCGCGAAAUGGCGGAUCUGGAGGAAGCAUUACGGAACAAAAACCGUGCUCUCGAGGAGCUCUCGUCGACGCGCGGCGAUCUUAGCGAGGAUCAUCAAACUGCGCUGCGUGAGAAGGAUGAGGAAAUCGAAGUGUACAAAUCGGGCAUGGAACAGGCUCUGAUGGAACUCGAGGAGUUGAAGCUGAACCAAGGAGACGCGGAUCAUGCUCUCGACUCGCAGAUCGACGAAGUCCUUCAUGGCACUGUCUCGAAAAUCAACGACAUCAUCGACUCGGUCCUGCAAAGCGGUGUCCAGCGUGUCGACGAUGCUCUGUACGAGCUGGAGUCUUCCAACCAGGCUGGUAACCAGAAUGCGUCGCCUCCGUACGUGCUGUCGCAAAUCGAAAAGGCGUCGGCGUCGGCGACUGAAUUCUCGACCUCGUUCAACAACUUCAUUGCCGACGGCCCCAACAGUUCUCACGCCGAGAUCAUCCGCACCGUGUCUAUCUUUGCUGGCUCUGUGUCGGAUGUGCUGAGCAACACCAAGGGUCUCACUCGCUUUGCGACUGACGACAAGAGCACAGACCAGCUGAUCAGCGCAGUGCGCAAACCUGCACAGGCAACGAUCCGCUUCUUCCGGGGCUUACAGUCGUUCCGUCUGGAGGGACUGGAGGCGCUGCAAAAGACAGACGUGGUGAUCAACAACAACCUUGAGGUGCAACGCGAUCUCCAGAGUCUCUCCAAGCUGGUCGAUACUUUUGCGCCCAAGGGCAGCAAGCUCAGCACCAAGGGCGACCUGGGUGAUCUUGUUGACCAGGAGCUCGAAAAGGCAGCCAACGCAAUCGACGCUGCUGUUGCGCGCCUAGCCAAGUUGCGCAACAAGCCACGCGAUGGCUACUCGACGUACGAAUUGCGCGUCAACGACACUAUCCUCGAGGCGGCCCUGGCAAUCACCGGUGCUAUCGCCGAGCUGAUCAAAGCAGCGACCGAAUCGCAGCAGGAGAUUGUGCGCGAAGGCCGAGGCAGCGCGUCGCGCACGGCAUUCUACAAAAAGAACAACCGCUGGACUGAGGGACUUAUCUCGGCGGCUAAAGCGGUCGCAACGUCGACAAACCGCCUGAUCGAGACGGCCGACGGGGUGAUUUCCGGACGCAACUCGCCAGAGCAGCUGAUCGUGGCCAGCAACGACGUUGCCGCUAGCACUGCCCAGCUAGUGGCCGCAUCGCGCGUCAAGGCUACAUUUAUGAGCAAGACGCAAGAGCGCCUGGAGAAUGCCAGCAAGGCCGUCGGCGCGGCGUGCAGGAGUCUAGUGCGCCAGGUGCAGGCUAUCAUUGCAGAGAAGAACAGGGACGAGGGCGACGCUGUCGACUACUCGCAGCUGAGCGGGCACGAGUUCAAAGUCCAGGAGAUGGAGCAGCAGGUCGAAAUCCUUCAACUCGAAAACGCGCUGUCCAGAGCACGCACCAAGCUCGGCGAGAUGCGCAAGAUUUCGUAUCAGGAGGAGUAG